UACCCUAGUAAUGGCCUUUUAAUUGAUAUCCUACAGAAAAGUGAAGCCCAUGAGUUAUAGUUUAAUCGCAGAGGAAGAGCAGAAGAAACAACAACAAUAGACAGCUGAAUCAUGAAGCGAUUUUUUAAACCAAUAGAGAAGGAAGGAUCAGCCAAGAAACCAACUCCUUCGCCUUUGAAAAAAGAUGGUGAAAACAACUGUGAAACUUCACAAGAAGAGAAUAACAACAAAGAGCCACUCAAGUUCGUGACUUGGAACGCCAAUAGCCUGCUUCUUCGAGUCAAGAACAACUGGGCCGAGUUCUCUAAGUUCGUUUCUAAUUUUGAUCCUGACAUUAUUGCUAUUCAGGAAGUGAGAAUGCCUGCUGCUGGUUCCAAGGAUUCGCCAAAAAACCCUGGAGAACUGAAAGAUGAUACAAAACCUUCCCGUGAGGAAAAACAGAUAUUGAUUCGUGCUCUUUCAAGUCCACCAUUUGGAAAAUAUCAGAUUUGGUGGUCUCUUGCAGAUUCAAAGUAUGCAGGGACAGCAUUGUUGGUGAAGAAGUGUUUUCAACCAAAAAUAGUCUCUUUCUCACUUGAUAGAACAGCUUUGAAGCAUGAACCAGAUGGCAGGGUCAUUUUGGCUGAAUUUGAGAAUUUCCGUCUAUUGGCUACCUAUUCACCAAACAAUGGUUGGAAAGAGGAGGAAAAUUCAUUUCAGAGGAGAAGAAAAUGGGAUAAUAGGAUGCUAGAGUUUGUUACGAAGCAUUCUGAGAAGCCUCUUAUAUGGUGUGGUGAUCUUAAUGUAAGCCAUGAAGAGAUUGAUGUGAGUCAUCCUGAAUUUUUCAGUGCUGCAAAGCUCAAUGGUUACAUUCCUCCAAAUAAAGAGGAUCGUGGGCAGCCUGGAUUUACUCUUGCUGAGAGGAAGCGCUUUGGUGCUAUACUGAAAGAGGGUAGGCUAAUAGAUGCUUACAGACUCCUACACAAGGAAAAGGAUAUGGAUGGUGGCUUCUCAUGGUCUGGAAAUCCAAUUGGAAAGUAUCGAGGUAAAAGAAUGAGAAUAGACUAUUUCAUAGUCUCAGAAGAACUCAAAGAUCGAAUUGUUGCAUGUGAAAUGCAGGGGCAUGGAAUUGAAUUAGAAGGUUUUUAUGGGAGUGACCAUUGCCCAGUUUCCCUUGAGCUUUCACAAGCCAAUCGAGAUCCUCCCGAAAGUUGAUGUAUAAUUUUAUAAUCUGAAACGGGCUUAUUAUCAUCUUUCAAAGAACUAUAUUUUCUGGAUGUAUUAAUUGGAAGUGGAUAGGAUAUUGUUAUCAUAUAGGAUGUUGGGUAAAUUAUUAGCGUCUACUUGUGAGCAUUAACAGUCCUUUACAUUCUAAUUUGCAGGGGAAACAAAUCUAGAAAUACUCCCAUGUCAACCUUCAUCUAUUGAAGAUGGAUAGAUCGCUGGAUUUAACAUGUUAUGUGUCCACGGCUGAAACAAGAUAAGUGUGCAUAUAGAUUUUAUUACCAGUUGAAAUUUCAUUUUUAUGACAAGAUACAGUAAGAUAGAUAUAUAUUAGGCAAUAUUUUGCCUUGUUUUCCACCAAA